GUUUUUUUUUGUUGAAAAAAUGCUGAAUUGAAUUACAGCAAUCCCCUGAAUGUAUUUUUUAAGGGUUAUUUUACACUUUUAUCAGGAGACUGAGAAUACCAACUUUUUUAUACUUUAUUGUGAUUGAACUAAGUUAUGACGGUCUUUAACGAUAGCCAACCGUAAAUGUGAAUAGACUGACGUUAGUCUAGUGGAAAAUGCAAUUAGUGCACACACCUGCAAGAAACACGCUCAGGAUCGAAGCGGUUAUCAAGCAUUUUAACCGUGCAAUUUGGCUUGGCUUGGAAUUGGUAGGUGACGUGUACAAAACGGAACGUGGCUUUUCAGGUUUAUGACCUCCCUUUGGUCACCCUUUUGCACACUUGGUUAUCUGUAAUUUUAUCUUCCCCUCUUGCUGUUUAUCUUAUAUUAUACAUAUCGAGAACGUCGCGAGGCGCUUUUGUUAGCGUGUCUUCUAGCGUGACAGUGUAAAUAUUGGGAAUGGCAUUGCGGUGUUUGUAGUAGCGGCAGUAGUGAGGAGCAGUUCGUGAGGUUUGCGCAGGUGCGGUGGAUUAUAGUUGGCCGUGAAGUUUGUUUAGCUGGCGGCUUGCAAGUGAUCAGUGUAGCUUUGCAAGUCGACACGUUACAAUGCGGCGGAGUAUCAAGAGCGUGUUGAAAUUCCUGUUGCUCGCUGCAGUGACUGUUCUCACCACGGUCGUGGUUUUCCGGUAUGUUCGCCGCGUCGAGACGAUGAGCGCGGGGGGAGAUCUCGUGGUAGAGGCGCACGGGGCAAUGCCUCUCCCUCCGCAACCACCAGGGGGCGCCAGGGAGAAGACUGAGUUCGUCGUAAGGGACGUCGGUAAAGCUCCUGCGAAGAUCGACUGGCACGACUACGCCGCGAUCGAGCGGGACGCGCGCCGCAAGGGCAAGGGCGAGCAGGGCAAGCCGGCGUACCUCACGCCCGACGACACGCCCGAAAAAGAGGCGCUCUACAAGGUCAACGGGUUCAACGCGCUCCUCAGCGACCAGAUCUCGCUCAACCGAUCCCUGCCGGACAUCCGACACAAGGGGUGCAAGGCCAAGAAGUACGCGCCGAAGAUGCCCUCGGUGAGCGUGAUCGUCCCGUUCCACAACGAGCACUGGAGCACUCUGCUGAGGACGGCCGUGAGCGUCAUCAACCGCUCGCACAGCUCCUUGCUGCUGGAGGUCAUCCUGGUGGACGAUGCCAGCACCAAAGAACACUGCAAGAAGCCGCUCGAUGAGUACGUGUCGAAGAACCUGCCCAAAGUGAAGGUGAUCCACCUGCCGGAGAGAUCCGGGUUGAUCCGUGCGCGCCUGGCCGGAGCCAAGCAGGCGGUGGGAGAGGUGCUGAUAUUCCUGGACUCUCACACGGAGGCGAACGUCAAUUGGCUUCCUCCCCUCCUGGAUCCAAUCGCCGAGGAUUAUCGAACAUGCGUGUGCCCGUUCAUCGACGUAGUCGCUUACGAAACGUUUGAGUACCGAGCGCAGGACGAAGGAGCCAGGGGAGCAUUCGACUGGGAGUUCUUCUACAAGAGACUGCCGCUGCUGCCUUCGGACCUGGAGAAUCCCACGGAGCCAUUCAAGAGCCCUGUCAUGGCAGGUGGACUGUUCGCCAUCAGCGCGAAGUUCUUUUGGGAGCUGGGAGGUUACGAUGUAGGCCUGGAGAUUUGGGGCGGAGAGCAGUACGAACUUUCAUUUAAGAUCUGGCAGUGCGGGGGGCAGAUGGUGGACGCCCCUUGCUCCAGGGUGGGCCACAUCUACAGGAAGUUCGCCCCGUUCCCCAACCCUGGCAAGGGAGAUUUUGUGGGCAGGAACUACCGCAGGGUGGCGGAAGUGUGGAUGGACGAGUACAAGGAGUACCUGUACAUGCGCCGCCCGCACUACCGCAGCAUCGACCCCGGGGACCUCACGCAGCAGAGGGCCCUGCGGGAGAAGCUGCAGUGCAAGCCCUUCAAGUGGUUCAUGGAGAACGUGGCCUUCGACCUGCCCAAGAAGUACCCCCCGAUAGAGCCGCCAGACUUCGCCAGUGGCGAGAUUCGUAGCGUGGCAGCGCCGGAGUUGUGUGUGGACACUGAGCACAAGCCUGCAGACCAGCAGUUCGGGCUGAAGCCGUGUCUGGCGGACAAGAAGGGAGGCUCUGGCGAGCAGGAGUUUGUGUUGACGUGGCACAAGGAUGUGCGGCCCAAAGGGCGCACGAUGUGCUGGGACGUGGCAAGUGUCCAGGACAAAGCCCCGGUGACCCUCUUCUCGUGUCACGGCAUGCAGGGAAACCAGCUGUGGAGAUACAACCCGGAUCAUCAGUGGCUGGUGCACGGUGGGAACCCCCGCUGCCUGGACUGCGACCCCGGCCGGCAGACGAUCUUCGUGACGACGUGUGACCCCACGUCGCAGACACAGAGGUGGAGGUUCGAGCACGUCGACCUGAAGGCCCUCGCCGACUGGGACCACGUGGGCCCCAAGUAGACGCGCUCUCGCUGUCUUCGGGAGCUCUCGGCGACUGUUUCGGUGCUAAGGUGUGUGCUGGUACCAGCCCGCCAGGGUGGAGUCGUAUCUGUGCAAUCUGCUUGCCCGGUUAAAAACUAUGCGCGUGGAUUACACAGUGAAGUGAUAAACAGAUGUUUUUACCUUCCUGGUUGUCAACCGACGUAAAGACGGCAGUAACUUGCCUCUAGAGAUGUCCGUUGGCUUGUGGGUAUGUUGCUGUCAUUUUUGACCUAAGCAUCUGGGGCAUUACAAUUGAGGUUGAAGAGAAAUGGCUUGGGUAGAAGUUUUUUUGGCCAGUUUUGCAGCUGCGCCUGAUGCCACGCCAACCACCAGCUUUCCUCCAUCUCCUUUAGUUUGCAUCACUGCAGAUGUCGCCCCUCUUUAUGAGACGAGAAUCGACCCGACAGUGGACAGGGUCUGAAAUUUUUUUACUUGAAGAAUGCUAAAUAUGAUGAUCAGAACUUGCUCUGGAAAAUGUUUCUCAUGCUGGAACCUGUACUCCAGCGCAAAGGAAAAAGAGUAUCGUCUCUUGAGAGGCAGUGCAGGGUGCCGGUCAACUGUGCAAUACAGCCGUCUGUGUGUCGAAACCACCAUGUGGAAACUACUGCUGUAAGAUGGUUCCUAGUUGACUGUGAAAUAGUUAUCAAGAGUUAAUUAAUGUUAUCUGUAACCUACUUUGUGAAAAAGGUUGACUACAGUUUCUCAUGAGAGUUAAAUUUAAGCUUAUUAACCUGGGCAUCUUAUAAAAGUCAGAAAAUUUGAAAGUGAUUAGGGAAAUCCAUAAUUCAUAUGUCAAUGAAAUUUUUGUAAGCUUAUGGAAAACAUUAGCAUAAGUUAUAAUUUUGACCUAAAGUUAAGUGUGAGCUUUAGUUUAUGUUUAAAACUGUUCUGGUUGAAUGAACCAUGCUCAUGGAUGCCAGUAAGUUAUUUUGGAUGAUAAUAGUAAUCAGUAUUCUAUAAAGUAAUGAGUGUAUUUUAUAGAUGACUGUAAAUGUAAACAUCUUAACCAUUUUAGUUUAAAACAUCUGAAAAUAUUUUGGUUUGCACAUUUGAUUAAUACAGUAACUCUUUAUCGUCAAAAUUGACUUCAAAUUCUUAGUUUUUUUUUUUUCAGGGUAACACAAUAGAGUAUGGGAAAUUUGAACCUAUAUUCUGCAGUAAAUAUGUGAAACUGGUUAGAUUGCAUUAUGUUUGUAGUUUAAGUGCAAUAUUUAAAGAUAUUAAGCAGAAAAUUUUUUUUUUGUAUCGCUUUACAAAAUUUCAUGCCAAUAAUUUCUAUCUAAGAAAAUACUAAACAAAUAUUCCACUGUAUAAGGUUUAAAAAAACAACAGGCAUAAGUAACGCAGUUUAGGCGCAGAGCGUGUAGUUUUUCAACCAAACGGUUGCACCCCUCGGCCUAGUAUGUGACGAUACGGUGGUGGUUCUCAGUGUUGGGAGAAGAAGUACAAAACACCAGCGCAGUAGGAAAUACAGCUUUAGUUUAUUUGUGUAGAAAUUUGUGAAAAAGACAGGAAAAAAUUAGAAAAUUAACUUCAAAACAUAAUAAUUCACAUUAUAAUUAUUUUUUAGUUUAUUGUGAUCAUGAUUUUUUAAGUUCCCUAAACAUGGUCAGUCACUAAAGCAUAUUUUUAUAUCAGUACUACAAAGUCUUUGCUCAAACCCAUGGUGCGGUCUUCCGUAAUACACAUCAGUUUCUGUGUGCAGGUACUGCAUUUCGAAUGUGAAAUAAAGUAGAAGCUACUCCUACCAGUACAUUCCACCAUUACUCGAACUCUAUUUAUAUAGGAUUGCAAGUAGGUGUCACAGGUAUCGUAAGGUUCCCAUUUCAAAACCUCUUGAAUGGUGGUGCUUUCUCCCAAAAGACAUCAAUAAUCUUUUAUCCACCUUUUUUUAUAUAUUUAUUCUUUCAUAGUAGCAUUUUUCCAAGUUUUAUUUUGUAGGUGUUCAUGUGUGUAUUAUGUAUUUCAAACAUAGUUACGCACACCUAAUUCACAUUUUUAGUGCUUCAGUUGUGUACUUUGUUGGGGUUCAGUCAUACAUGCGACAAUCAACAUUUUGCAAUUCUGUCUGCAAAAAAAAAACCUUAGACAUACGCUUGACUUAUUUACAGUAAUUACAUUUAUAUUAUGUUCAGUAAAUUGUAUUGUGUAAAAUUUAUUCUUCACUGGGUUUGUGUAGGGUUUUUUAUUUUUAAUGUAAUAGCAGGAAGGUUUGCAAUUUUAGUCAUUCAUAAGGCUGUUUGCAUUUAAUGUAUGUGGAAUUUUUUGACUGUCAUAUCAAUAGGCUUGUUUAAAUAACAUUUUUUAAUUUAUUUAAAAUAAAAUAACAUAUUAGGGUAUACUUAUGUUAUUUAUUUAUUAGAUUUUAAGUGCCUGUCUGACUAUUUGUAACACUGGAAUAUGUGACCUGAAUGCACAAAACGUAAAAACAAUGCUUAUAUUAGACACAGAGAUAACAUACUGUUUCAGCUUGGGCUUUACCCAUAUCCAAAUACUGAUUAUGAGUAGGGACUCCAGAAAAUGGUGAACCGCGAAGUACACGAAAUACCGCGAAAUUGGGCACUAUCUCACAGUUUUCAUGAAAUCUGCAAUUUUUUCACAAAACACGAAACUUAGCGCGAAAUCCACGUAAUUUCCGUUACCAAGAAUGUUUACAAUUGGUCGGAUACUGUAAAUAAUCUUACUAUCGAUUGUAUUGAUAUCGCGUAACGAAAUCGAUUGUAGUUCCAACAUAGCGGCAAACGUGUAUAUUUACGUUGCCGCUAUGUAGCAGCGUUACGAACACAAUUUUCGUGUAGUUGGUAUUAGUUCUCAAAAAUUCUAGCGCACAGAAGCGAACACAAUAUUUACGCUUACAUAAUAGUUUCAUUCUGGCCGAACACAAUAUUUUUUCGUGUGCGUGCCACUACGGCAUAAAUGUUUUUACGGUGCAGCUUGCAGUAGUGUUUUUUUUUAUGACGUCUCAGUUACUCGGUAUUAAUUUCCAAGCAUCUAGUUAGUAGUGCUUAUUUUUGUGUUAAGCUGCCGAAAAUAGUUACGGUUUUCGAUCGAGAACGAGAGAUGAAGCAGGAAGGAUUUUAUAUAUUUGAUGUUAAGGAUAAGAUAAUAAUGUGUAAGUUUUGCAACAUUCGUGUGGACUGGAUGCGUCGAGACACAUGCCUAAAACACGUUUCUAACGCAACUCAUAAAAAAAAAUUAUAAUUUUUGUUUAUCUGUAUUUUCUGUUGUUUAUGGUACCUAUAUUGACUCUUAAAAUAAGAUCAAUGUUAAUAUUUUGUUGUGAUAAAGUGCUUGACUGUUCCAAGUUUUUCAGCUCAAAAUAUGUUACAUAUUUAAUGGAUUGUACAGUCUCUCCACUUCAUUUUCUUCUUAAAUCAAUGAAUUGUAAUACUAUUGUUUCUGUAAUUAAUAAUUAUAAUUACUUUUCUUCUUCUUAUUCAGACCAUACAUUAUUUUAAUUUCCAAACCUAGUAAUAUUACAACACAUUUUUUUUAAAAAAAAACCAACAUUUGGUUAGAAACAGAUGGAAUAGAACAGGCUAGAGGAACACAGGGUUGCUGUAAAGGAGACAAGACCAAGAAGAAAACUAGAAACACUAAAAACUUUUUAGUGUUUGCCAACUGAGUGCAUUUUAUGUUUAAUAUUAAAAUUUAAAAAAUUUGAAGCAAAACAGUUCUCGUUUGCCAAUUUCAAUUUUAAUUUAAUGUAUCUCACCAACUUUUUACACUGAUUUUUAGCACCACUUGCUUAUUUUUACACCGAUUUUUUGCACCGCUUUUGUCAUUUUUUUACACCGAAAUGAGCCAGUUUUAUUUACCAUUUUCUGGGGUCCCUAAUUAUGAGUACUGACUGCAGUAAAACAUUUCAUUAGAUGCAACUGAUAAUUGUCUAAACUAAUUAUAUAUCAAACAACAACAAUAAAAUUUAGGUUUUGAAAUUUAUUUUAAGUAAUUGAAGUGAUGGGAAUACAAAAUUACGAAAACACUGUUUGGUUACUUCGUUAUUUCAGUAUUUAUCACUGAAUUAGAACUCAAAAUGUUUUUGAAGUGAAACUUCUUUGGACGCGAUGAGAGUAAAAUUUCAAGGCCGAAUUUUAAUGCAACGUUCUCAUGAAACAUUACUGAUGCGAAAAGGACAGAGAAUAGGUACUUGGCCAAAGAGAUGUACAAGAUUUGAGGUUUGAAUUGCCAGAGAAGUGUCACUUCUAUCAUGUGUACUGAGUUACUUGUGCUUUUUUUUUCUCCCAUUUGAUUUUAGUUUCCAAAAACUAAAUAGUUUAUACUGUAGUUAAACAUCACUAUCACUAUAAUUUACUUAAAUAUGAUGUAGUUUUGUAGAUUAAAAAUAUAUACAAAGAAAAAUAUAUUAGAUGAUUCAAAACCGUACUAUAUCCUUCUAAGAAAAAUACAUGUAGGUAGUUGUAUAUGAAUGCAUCUGUAUCAACUAAGCUUGUGUGUCUUGGUAUCUUGUGAUAGCAUUUAUUAUUUUAGAAGUGUAAUAUUAAGAAUCAGUUUCGGUUUGUUUUUAUACCUCUAUGAUUUUUAUAUGUAUUUUGUGUCUUGGGCAUUUCUUUUUAAGUUGAAUUAUAUUGUUGAUGUUGAUAUACUUAUGAUUUAUGUUCAAUAAUGAUAGUUAAUAAUUCUGAAUUUGAAAUUAUUUGGUGCAAUGUAAGGGUUUUUUUUUUUUUGUAAUGAAAAGUGUGUGCAAAGCUUUGGGAAUUCAAAAUCAAAUAAACACUUAUUUUUUCAACUAAAAAAAUAUAUAAAAAGAUUAGGAGAUUAUGUUCAAAAGCAGCAGUUAAAGAAUUAUUUAAUGCAUUUGUUCAGGGAUGUCACUAACACUUGUAGUAUGGGUUGAUUGUAUUUCAUCGAGAAGAGAAUAAGACUUGAGAUCAUGCACAGCCCUAUUCGUAAACGACUGAGUAUUCAUUUUUUUUCGAAGUGUUAAUAUUCAAGAUUGUAUCAAAUACGAAUAAUAAAAUAUUCAUUUUGAUGUUUGAAAAUUCAAAUAUUGGCACAGGCCUAUUUUUCAGCCACAAGUUUCGCAAUUUUCUCUCCUCUCUGAAACGUUAUAUUGUCGCGGGUUGAAAUUUUGCAGGGUUGUUGAAAUCAAAUUUAGGGACUUUACUGACGGGACUCUGGGCUGGCUGCUCUGUUCACUCGUCAGCGCAAGUGGCGUGACCAUGUAAUUGGGGCACGGGGCCGGCGCGGCGCGCUGCGGGCUUGCAGAAUUUUGUUUGUUUGUUUGGCCGCGCGCUGGCGCAGCCACGGGCCGCAGUUACUGGGGCGCGCUGUCGUAACAAGCCGCGCGGUGUGGCCUGCACAUUGGGGUAGAGGGGGGGUAGUCUUCCCAGAUGUUCUAGUUAGUUGUUUAGUAAAUUUGACUUCAAUAACGAGCUUUUGUUAUGGUAGGCGCGGCAGGGCGCGCGAAUUUAAGCGCAAGUGAGUGGUGACUCGGGGCUCACUCAGGCGGAGGCUAUGCGUCUCACCUGUGGUCACGAGUUGUUAGUUCGUUCGUGAUGUAGGAAUUCAAGCUUUCGGGCGGAAGCUAUGGUCGACGCCAGAGGCCACGAGUCGUUUAAUUUAAGUUAGGUCAUAAUGUAGUCGUCAAGCUUUCGGGCGGAGGCUAUGGCCCUCGUCAGGGGUCACGCGUCAUAGUUUUUAAAAUGUAAUGUUCGUUCGGGAUUUCAAGGGCAGGAGAGGCCCCUACGUUAUUUUUUUAAAGUAAUCGAUCAAGAAAGGCUUUUCGGAAAAUGUGAGUAUGGACUUAUCUUUGUUUUAAUUUUAAGUAUUAAUUAUGAUUUGAGGUAUUCGGAAGGACUAGGGAAGUGUUUAGUGAAGUUCUCUCAUUCUCUCUCUUGUAAGGUCGUUCAAUCGUUAAGGAAGUAAAGAGAUUAUUGUUUUAAAUUGUAAUCCCGCUAUUUAAAUGUUCUUUAAAAUGAUGUUGAGUAUUUGACUUUAAGAAUAAAAUAAUUUUAAUUAAGUAUUAUGUUAUUUUGCAAAAUCUCCUUAGUUCAGCUCUCACCAGACAUCCUGUACGGGAUGACGAACCUAUGAUCCUAGGUACAGUAAAGUAUUUUAUGAAGUUAAGACUAGUUGAUGCCAAGCGAGUUGUUUCUAUGUAAAGAGCUACGAUUCUCGCCCCCCCCCUCUGAAGGUGGAUCGUGACAGAAAUGGUGGAGGCGCCGGGUAGGUUCUAUUUCUGGAGAGAGAGAGGUAGAUUUUUAUGUUUAUUAUUAAGUUAGUUUCAGCUUCUGAUAGCAGGUUAUUAAGAGUUUACUUGAGGAGAGGAUUACGGAAUUUUAGUCUAUAGUGGAGGAAGUCUUUGAGAUUUUUUUUUUGACGUAACAGAUGUUUAUUUGAGGAUACUUGUAAGGAUAAAGUUUAUAGUGAUAAGUUGUUUUAAGUCGUUGAAUUUAUUGUAGAUUUAUAUCGGGGAUUAUUACGUGAGGAGAAUACGUUAUAAGUUAAAUGCUUAUUAGAGAUAAUGCAAGUGGUUUAAUUUAAUUGAAGUUCAUUUUAAGAUUGUAGGUUAAGAGAAUUAUAAUUUAAAAUAAAGUUUUUGUCGUAAAUAGGAAUUAUUUUCAAGUGAAGUUUGUUUUGUUUUCGUGCGCGUAGGAGACGAGACGUACGAAUUAAAUCAGUCGAGGGAAGGAUAAACGUUAGAAAGGAAGUAAAAAGAGAAAACGAGAGUUUAUGUAAAAGAGAGUUAUAGAAUUUAUAGUGAUGUUUUGUUUUAAUUAGAAAAAUGUUGAGAGUUGUUACAGAACGACACGUCAGUGGACGUGGCAGAGUGAACACGUGACGGGGAGGUGCUGAGACCUAGCGGAGAACGGAGGAACCGCAAGCGAGGGUUGGCGCACCUGAUGGAAUUCGGUGACGUCACGGGCUCAUACGGAGACGUGGACGGCCGUGACCUUGUUUUGAUCAGCUGUACGGUAACUUAGCGAUAAGAAAAUAGACUAUUGGUUAAAUAAAUUUAAAUUUAAGUGUGUUUUAGAAGAAGAGGAACUUUCAGUAUGUAAGUAAUUUAAUUUAAGAAGUGUAUGAUGUAUAGGCUAGAAGUGUUUCGUUGUAAGUUGUUUAUGUUUUUGUUAGUUAAAUCCUACCUCGGUUUUAAAAAUAUUUUUUUGGGAUUUGUAAACAUUAUUAAGGAGGUACACUAUAAAAUCGAUAAGCAUUGAGAAAAGUGGGAAGGAUAGUUUUUGUGUGUAGAGGGAAUUUACUCCAAGGGAACAGAGAAAAUUAAUGUUUUCUUUAGGGCGAGGGACCCUAAGGUGAGGUGUUGUGUCCCUGGGAAGUAGGGAUUGUAGAGCAGACCCAUAGGAGAUGGGCUGGCUACGUGAAUUAAGGGUUAGGAGAAUCCUGAGAGUUGUGAGUAGUUUGGGGCAGGAGUUCCCCAUGGUAGUACCGAAGUGGCUAUCCUGUAUGGGAUAGGGUACCAUUUCAAUGAAGUUUGUUGGUGGGGUUAGAAUCCCUUGCUGUGUAGUGGGCCUAUAGCAGAUAGGCACUACAGUGAAAUUUUUGGUUAUUUUGUGAGGAGGUUAAGUAAGAUUGGAUUCAGUUAGGAAGGAGGGAAAUGAGAAACAUUGCUGUAGAGAGUUAGUGUACUUGCCUAAUGUGAAAUUGAAUUUUAAUAAAUUAAUUAAUGAGAAAGUUUUUUCUGGUCAAAUAAUAAUGGAAGAUAAUUAAUUAAUUUUUUUUGAGUAAGGUGUUUUAAGUAAUGAAAUAAAAUAAGGUGAAGUAAUUUGAAUAAUUGGGGAGGAAUUUCUUUAAGAGUUUAGAUAAUUGUUUUUGAAUUUAUUGAGAUAUUCAGCCAGUGGAGUUUGAGUGUGAGAGAUACAGUGAGAUUUUAAGGAAAUCGGUUGUUUAUUAAUUAGGACAAAUGAGAUUUUAUGAUUAAGAGUCAGUAAGCAUAGUUAAAAUUUACGACAUGAUAUUUGUUGACAGUUUACAGUUAUUAAGGAGAAAACAGAGUAAUCUAUUUAUUUUUAUUUUAAUGGUUUGAAGAUAAGAUUAUGAAUUUUUUUUGGAAGUUUCUUUGGCAUGUUGGAAUAAUUUUUUUUGAUUUUUAGAAUUUACAGAGAAAAUUUAAUUGAUUUACAUUAGUUUGGAAGUAUGGAGGUUUAGUGUUCGAUUAGCCCUAACUUGAUGGUCGGAUCCCAAAAGAAUGCCGUAAAACCGAUAGCCAAUUGAGAGGAAUGCGGUAGGCGCUUGUGUAGAGGGGUUGUGGGAAAACUCCUUGGGACUGAUGGCAGAUCAGGGGCCCUAAAUAGUGUGUGAUGCUGUAAAACCAGUGCAGGGAAAGCCUGGUAUGCUUAAAUUUUUGGGCACAGGUUAUGUAAACCUGGGGUUCCAUGGGAUUUAGUCAUGUUAGCUGCUGUGAGACAUUAAGAUUUCCAGGCUCCAUAGUAAAUUCAAUGUAAAUUUUUGUUUUCUUAAAAUAAUAAAUUUGUUUUUAAUUUUUUUGAGAUAUUUGAUUUGGAACAGUGAAUACAGACCCCGAGGAAUAAGAGUUGUCAUGCUGUGAGAGGAGAAGGUGGUAGGCCUAAAAGGGUACAGGCACCACAGAGGUUAUGUGCAUUGCAUAAUUUAAAUAUAAGGAAACUUGAGAAUUUGAAAUUUUGUUGUUGGUUUGUACACCCAUAAGAAGAGUAUAGGCAGAAUUUUUAUUGUUAUGAGAUGUCUAAUUUAAUUGAAAAGAAGAAAGUUUAAAGAUGCAAGGUAACAUUAUUAUUGUAAUAAUUGAAAGAGAUUAAGAGGUAGAGAGAAAUAGGCAGUUUUUGUUUGUAAGUACUAAAGUUUACAUAUAGAAAUUUAGUAACUAAGAAUGAAUAAUAAGUUAAGUCUAGUGUAAAAGUUUUUUUUAAGUUUGUUAAGUUAAGAGUCACAAGUAAAUUUUUUUUUUAGAGAGAAUGUCUUUGAUAGGAAGUAUUAGAAACUUAUGGGAAUUUUAGGGUAACAUAAAUAAUGUAGGUAAUGAAUAAUAAAUAGAUGGUAGGUCUUAAGUUAGGAUUAACAUUUGAAGCAAAAUUUAAUUAAGAAGAAGGAAAAUAAAUAGGCCUAAUGAAAAGAACAAAAAAGGAUUUUAUGGUAAAGCAUUUUUUUUAAGUAAUAAACAAUGAAUAAUAAUGUUGUUUCAGGGUAAUGUGUACUAAUAAUACAAUUUUUUUUUAGGACUAAAGAACAGGAAUUAUGUAAUUUAAAUUAACAUGUAUUUUUGAAACUGUUACAGAUUCCUUAAGAUGAGCUGAGCAGCAGUCCAGUUUACAAGAUGACAAGAGUUCGAGAGACAAGAUACAAGAUCACUGAAACAAGAGCCAAGACUGAAGAUACAAGAGAAGAGAAAGCUGGCAGCCAUGGACUUACAAGUGGAGAUUAAUAAGGUCAUGUAAAGUUUUAUUUUUUUAUGGAAGACAGUAACUGGAGUUUUUUUGUUAUAAACAUUAUUUACAGAACUUUUUAGGUUAUAGUAAUGUAAUGGAACUAGUGAGUUGUGGUAGCUGUCAAAAAGAACUAAUACCUUAAGUUUAAUUUUUAAAGUUAAUUUUCUUAAUUUACAGAGGGAUUAGUAGUUUUUUUUAAACCUUAUUUAGGUUGGAAUUUAAAUACAAUAGCUUAUUAUAAAUGUGUACGAACAGUUCAAGUUCACAGUACUGAUAGGUAGGUCAGAUGAUCUUAUUGAUUUUGAUGAUUUGUUGUUUUGAGUUGAUUUUUAAGUGUUGUGAAUUAGACAAUGAAAUAGUUCUGAAAACUUAAAUUAUUUCAAGCUAAGAAAUAGUAAAGUUAAUUGUAACUCAAAGGACACCAGAAUUUAAUUUUUUUUUGAAUUAGUAAUGUUUGAAAAUUUUAUACUUUACAAGAAAGGUUAUAAACAAACAGAUCGGAUGGAACAAGGAUGCAGUAAAUCACAAUUUCAUUUAGAAUUAUUGAUUAGCUUUUGAGGUUAUGAAGUAAAAGUAAUUAUAGUUUAAAAGUUUGAAUAAAAAAAAAUGUUUUUUUUUUAAUUUGUUUGAAAUAGAAAGUUUAAAAGUUAAUUAGUCAUGAUCUAGGUGGGUGAUGGGGUGGGAAUUGGCCACUCUUUUUCCCUAUAACCUCCCUAACAUGGCCUUCUAUUACAUCUAACAAAAAAAAAAGAAGAAAAAGAAGACUUAUUAAGUAUUAGUUAGAAUGUUUUUUUAUGAAGAUACCUGAUGAACUUUUUUUUUAUUGUUGGGAAGAAUAGUAGCAAGAUUAAUCAGAUGUUUUUACUCAGAAGAAGAAGAAGAUAAAGCAGUUUUAUGACUCGACAAGCCAGAGAUUGGUGUUUCCCCUCUGCGCUUCUAUUGACUACGUUGUUUACUCUCAUGGGAUAGCUGGUUCGGCACCAUGGAGAGAGAUUGGUGGGCAUUGUGGUUGCCCCCAGAAGAAAAGAAGAGUAGAAGAGGUUAUGGGUGGGUCAUGUGAACUGACCUUCAACCCAGUUACUUCGUGGGGACUAUUUGCUGUCUAGAGAAGAUCAAGACUCAAGAGUUAGGGAAAAUCAUUGGAGGUCAUGUUUCCCUUCCUUAAGUUUUUCCUAUCAAAUUAUUUGCCUGAUUAGAUUAUGCUAAGGGUGGGAUACUUUAUGUUAGCAGUUGAAUUAAUUAAUUUUAUUUUUUUGUGUGUUUGCAUCCUUGCCCAUCGAUUGCAGUUUAGUAGUUAGUUUUGUAUUUGUCAGGCGUGAUGGUAAUGCCUGUUGAUGAUGUUUCAGAAUUGUAAUCUGUUCGUGAUGAGGAUGGCACAACUCCGAAGCAGAUGUGGGGAGAAGUUGUGAGCUGCCCUGGAAGCCAGUCCAGUAGCUGUUGGAGUUGAGUGGUGUUUGCUGAUGGCCAGCCCAGGGAGCUACUCUUCUCGACAACACUGACUUCGAGGAGUUGCACCAACCUUCACGAGAUAAGAGUUUAAUUAAUUGAAACACUGUAAGGACACUUAAUUUUUUUUGAAGAACGAAAGAAGUAUGGUAAUAAACGGAAACCGAAAAAAAAAAAAUAAUAAUAAUAAUUAUCAAGAAUUUGCACAUUGUUUAACGAAUACUGAGAAACUAAGAACAGUAAUUUAAUUUGUAAAGAGAGCUUCACUAACAGAACAAUUUUUUUAGAAUUGAGAACUCGAGCCUCUGAAGGUUCCUGUGAGAACAAACCAGAUAAAAGUUUUACAUUUAAUUUUAUGAAUACUUGUUGUUUUAAAAUAAAUCUUAUGCAGAAUCUAGAUGUAUGUUCAGACAGCAAGGAACUAAGAAAAUUAUUAUUUUUGUGAAAUGAGGAAUUUAUAGUUAUGGUUUAAUGGAAAAAGACAAUUUGUAAUUUUGAGGUAGCUCGAUGGGGCUCGAGCUCUGUGAGGGGAGGGUUAUGUCGCGGGUUGAAAUUUUGCAGGGUUGUUGAAAUCAAAUUUAGGGACUUUACUGACGGGACUCUGGGCUGGCUGCUCUGUUCACUCGUCAGCGCAAGUGGCGUGACCAUGUAAUUGGGGCACGGGGCCGGCGCGGCGCGCUGCGGGCUUGCAGAAUUUUGUUUGUUUGUUUGGCCGCGCGCUGGCGCAGCCACGGGCCGCAGUUACUGGGGCGCGCUGUCGUAACAAGCCGCGCGGUGUGGCCUGCACAUUGGGGUAGAGGGGGGGUAGUCUUCCCAGAUGUUCUAGUUAGUUGUUUAGUAAAUUUGACUUCAAUAACGAGCUUUUGUUAUGGUAGGCGCGGCAGGGCGCGCGAAUUUAAGCGCAAGUGAGUGGUGACUCUGGGCUCACUCAGGCGGAGGCUAUGCGUCUCACCUGUGGUCACGAGUUGUUAGUUCGUUCGUGAUGUAGGAAUUCAAGCUUUCGGGCGGAAGCUAUGGUCGACGCCAGAGGCCACGAGUCGUUUAAUUUAAGUUAGGUCAUAAUGUAGUCGUCAAGCUUUCGGGCGGAGGCUAUGGCCCUCGUCAGGGGUCACGCGUCAUAGUUUUUAAAAUGUAAUGUUCGUUCGGGAUUUCAAGGGCAGGAGAGGCCCCUACGUUAUUUUUUUAAAGUAAUCGAUCAAGAAAGGCUUUUCGGAAAAUGUGAGUAUGGACUUAUCUUUGUUUUAAUUUUAAGUAUUAAUUAUGAUUUGAGGUAUUCGGAAGGACUAGGGAAGUGUUUAGUGAAGUUCUCUCAUUCUCUCUCUUGUAAGGUCGUUCAAUCGUUAAGGAAGUAAAGAGAUUAUUGUUUUAAAUUGUAAUCCCGCUAUUUAAAUGUUCUUUAAAAUGAUGUUGAGUAUUUGACUUUAAGAAUAAAAUAAUUUUAAUUAAGUAUUAUGUUAUUUUGCAAAAUCUCCUUAGUUCAGCUCUCACCAGACAUCCUGUACGGGAUGACGAACCUAUGAUCCUAGGUACAGUAAAGUAUUUUAUGAAGUUAAGACUAGUUGAUGCCAAGCGAGUUGUUUCUAUGUAAAGAGCUACGAUUCUCGCCCCCCCCCCCCUCUGAAGGUGGAUCGUGACAAUAUUAUUUAGAAUCAGUGGUCAUAACUAGAGGAAAGAUAAUGUAUUGAAUAGUGAUAAAUCUGAAAUGAUUGCAAAUUGGAAGUCAAUACACUGCCAAACACCGUAAUGGAAGUCAAUAACACCUCAGAACACCGAAGUGCAGCAACAUUCACUUGGGUUACCUCAUUUACGCUAUUAAAAUAAAGAAUUAAUCUCAUAAAUAUUUAGUUUGAUAUAUAUUUAUAAACCUAAAAAGGCAUGUACUAAAUAAAAAAAAUUUAGUUUCCAUCUAUAUAUAGUUUUUUAAAAGUAAAUAAAAGAAGUCAUAGCUGAUACUAUACAGUCAUGGGUAAAGGACCAGAGAGUAUGUAAGUGUAAUUAUUUUGGGUUUUUAAUGGUGUUGACUGAAUGUUUUUUUUAUUGGAUGUUUUAUUUGCUCUUAUCAGUAUAGGUAUGUAGUAUUGUUUUGUGUAAAAAUUUGAAGUGUCUUACUAGAAAUUUUUGAAGUUAUUGAUCAAUGUAAUUGAGCUUUAUAUGUACUUAUUAUUCAUUUGUUUUCAUUUUUAAUGAUGGUAAAGACAUAAUCCACUAUUUUAAGUGAUAAAAUUAAUAAAUUAUGUUUGUUAUUACACCAUAAAAUCCUGGUGCUAGUUAUAACGCUCGCUUUCUCUUUUGGCAAUUUCUGUCAUAAUGCAGUAGGUACUUUACUAAACAAAAAGAUUUUUAAAAAAUUCUGCUUCACAACUGAAUGUGAGCACUCAACAAUAUCUUAACUGUACUUUAGUAGUAACCUUAUUUUAAGUGUAAGUAAAACAAACAUGCAGUUACAGUUCCAAGCCAGCAGACGUGAGACUUACACAGCAGAUUUACGCGCUGCGAGAGUGGAGGUGUACAGUCUGUUCAUGCGGGCUUUGACUACAUGAGCAAAGAAAAUCAAAGUGUCUGUUUUUUAAAAGAGUUAAUUUAUUAAAUACUGUGUACUUUUGCACAUUUAAAUAUUUUAGGAGCCAAAGAAUAGUUUAAUAGUGAUUUACUUACAGUAUUUAGCAAGCAGACUUUAUUAGUAUGAGGAACAGUUGUUUUCAAUCAAAUACUACCCCAUUAUUAGAUAAAAAAUUAUGGUUAAGGCGCAAAUCGGAUGAUUGAGCUGCGGAUAACCAGGUCUACUUCACUUAUACUCUGAAAUAACAAAUAUUUGCUUGUAUUCAAAGUGUAGGAAAGGUGUUGCAUAUCAUCUUGUGCAGUAAUCAAAAUAGAGGUUAAGAGUCUUUGUUGUACAAUAUAAAUGUGUGUCUUGUAUCUCCCAGUUCAAAUAUAGGUAUUAAGAGACCUGUCUAGACAUGGGUGUUUCUUAGUUGGUGAGGCGGUGCUUCUAAAACCUCUAAACGCAAGGCUGUGGACUGGUGCGCAGUCUUCUUGUAGUGCAUGGGGCAACUGUGAUGUAUGAGCGGUAACCAUAACGUUAUAUGGCGGAGAAAUGAAGAUACAGGUGUAAGGCAAGGCCCUUGGGUGCUUUGAAAAUUGUUUACCAGGCAUUUUCAUGUCUAAAAAUGUGUUAUGAGAACACACGUCGUACCCUUUUCGCUCUCCUAAAAAUACUUAUAGGUUAGAACAGUGGCGCAACAACAGGAGGGAGGGGGGGCAAGGGUAUUUUGCCCACCCCCCCCCCCCCCCUUCUGAAACCUUGAAGAGGGGGCAAACGGGGGCAAAGAAAGUGCUGUACAAGUCGGAUAUGUUAUUUCCACUAGCUGUGUAAUCAAUUUUUAGAUAAUAAAACUGCUUAAAUAGCUUCAUUUUCGACCUUGAAAUACAAAUUUUCCCGGGGGAGGACCCCCGGCCCCCCACUUCAACACUUCAAUAGGGGGGAUCUAUGAUUCUUUAUAAAAAGGUAUAUUGCCCCCCCUUUGAAAAUUUAGUUGUUGUGCCCCUGGGUUAGAAACUAAAUGCGGAAACAAAAACUGCCCAUCCACGCUCAGCAAUUCUUAAGUGUUUUUCGUAAACAGACACCACUCGUGAAUCUUGAGCAGUUUUUAAAUCAGUUGAUUUCUUCUGGAGCUUUGCACAUCGUGUGUGUGUGUGUGUGUGUGUGCGUGUGCCCAAGUAAGAGGACCCCUUAAUGGGUCUGAUAUGACUACCAGGUAUUUAAUAACAUGGGGACAUUGAAUAGCAGAAUUUAUUGCUUAAAUUCAGAUGGAGGACAGACAGUCAGUAAUGAGGGAAAUUUUUGUUGAUUGAAAAACAAUGGAACCAAGCAAUAAGAAGUUUGCAAACUCUGCAAAAACAGCAGAAUUUAUUGCUUAAAUUUAGACUGGUGUACAAUUAGUAAUAUGAAAAUUUUUUGAUAAGUUUUAAAAAAAAGCAAGCAAACAAUAAGAAGUUUGCAUUCUUUGCAAAAACUAUCCCUGAAAAUUGGAAAGCACAAGUGUGUGUGUAUUUGAGUGCCAUUUCCAAGCAUAUUCACAUAGCUUUUUUUAACAUCAGAUGAUUUAGGCAGUUCUGAGCGAUAAUCCUCAGCCAAUGUUAACCUAAUGACUAUAAGUCCAGAUCUGUCUAUAUAAUAUAUUUAAUUUACGAUCUUCAACUUCCUCUUUGUCUUCUAUUCAUAUUAGAGUUGGAAAAAUGGUCAUCGGUAACCCCAAAUAACUGGUUUUUACUUGAUUGUAAAAUAAAUAAUUGAAGUCAGGUGAUAAGUCCAAUUAUGUCUCCACAUUAAGAAUUUCCUACCUACUAUGCUGCUUCAAUCACAGUUUUUGUUGUGAAGUGAAAAUCCUGAUUGGAUUAUCAAAGAUGAACUUUCAUGCCCUUGAGAAAUUUUUUUUUUGUGUGUUUUAUACAAAUUAUGUACUAUUACAAAAGUUUACUAAAUUAAUUAUUAAAAAGUUAUCUUCUUCCAAUACUUUUUAUAUGUUUUAAAUUUUCAGGGAAUCAUUUUAUAUAUAUUAUUUUCAAUAACCAAUUUUCUAAAAUAUUUUAACUAUUAUGUAUUUUCACCACCAGAUAUUGGUAUCGGAAUAGCCCUAAGUUACAAACACAUGUAUGUUAAUUGAAACUGUAGGUAUCAAAGUGUUGUUUGUUGACUGGAUUGCUAAUAUUUUAUUUUCGAACAGCUGUUAAAUGAUUAUUAAUUUCAUUUUGAGUGUGUAUAUGUGUGGGUGACUAAAAAAAUAAUAAUGGCAAGAAUUGUAACUAGUACUUCUCCAGUUGAAAUGUUUUUUUUUUUACUUAUGCUUGAUCAGUAUGUAGUCUUAUGAAUGUAUUUGACAUGGUUUAUAGGGGGGGAAAGUUUUUUAAUAAUACAUGUACCAUAAUUGUUAUUGCUCUUGCAUUAUAUGCAGGUUUCCCUUCAUACAUAUCACUGAUAUAAACUUUAAUGGCUUUCAAACCUAAACACUAUUUGCAGUGAUUGCUUCCUGUGUGUGUCUUUCUAUUGCACAAAUAUUUAUGACCACUACAUCCAUAUACAUGUUCGAAAUUAUGUUCUCUUAAUAACUGGAAUAUUAAAGGAAAAGAUUGUGAUAUUGAUGUUGUAAAAUUUAGAGUACUCUUGUGCCAUGUGUAGUAGUAUGUUCGCACCAGAUACAGUCGCUUAUAGGUAAGAGGUACCUAAAGAAAAAAAAAAUGCUUAUUUGUGUGUGAACCAACCAUUUUGUUUUUUGUCUCAGUAAGCCACUGAUCUGUUUGUUCAUGCUGAAACUAACCUCCCAGAAUUGGCUGUAACUUGAAAUGAAAUUCAACAUGGAGAUACAUACAUUGGUAUUUGAGGCUAGCGUGUGUCACUCUUAUUGUUAAUACUAACCAUCAUAUCACUUGGAAGGUGCGGUUAAAAGAGAACUGUAUUUUUUUCCAAACCAGUAUGUGUGUAUAUAUACCAGUUAUCAGAGAAAGGUAAAAGCCUUUUUGUAUUGGAGGCAUGGUAAAUAUUUCUUUCAGCAUUUUUGCAAGAAUAAAAAUAGGUUAAGUUCUUUUGGACUGCAACAUUCGAGGAUGUAAUUUUUUUUUUUUUUUAGUGGUAGCAUCGACUGUGCUCUUGAACGUUUGAAAAAUCGUUGUUGUAGGAGUGACGCACAGUGAUCAACACUUAAUUUAAGAAGUAUUUUCUAUCAGUUGUACGCAAGUAUUUGCCUUGUGUAAACAGUGGGUAAACCUAGCGUAGCGUUAACACGUAAUGUUCUGCAGUAGUGAAGUCACUCUGGUGAUGCUGUUUUUAACAUGGAGGUAUUAGUCUAUGGAGUGUGUGUCUGUUCUGAAGUUGAAGUCACUCUGAUUAGCAAUUGGUUAUCAAAACAAACCAUAGCUGUAGGAUAACCCAUGCUAGAAGUAUGUUUGAGAGUUUGAAAGGAGCUUGCUGGAAAGGAUUUAAAAAAAAUAAUGAAGCAAGUAUUGUUAAACAAACAUGUUAAGGAGGUGUCACAUGCUACGUGUUUUUUUUUUCCCACCAUUACUAUUAGUUAAGGGCUAUUUCUGUAAAUUUUAACAUAUUUUAAGCGAUACUUACCAAGUGUGAUGUAACAAGUUUCACAAAUGAUGACAAUUACAAACAUUUGUGUGACUUUUUAAACCCAUGAUGCAACACUUGGUAAAUAUCUUGAGAAUAUUUUUACAGAACAACAAAUGCAAGUGUUAAAUUUACAGAAAUAGUCAUUAAAAAAUGGUAAUGACAAGAAAAUAAAAAAAAUCAACAUGGCGUUUGAAACCCCACCUUAACAAAACUUCAGCAAGCAAUUAGCAUUAAACUUAAUUAGAAUUUAAAAAGUUCUGCUCUACAGGGAAUGUGGGGUGGGGUGGAGUAUGGUUCUCAUCUUGACUUCAGUUGUUAUGGCGAAGAUUGUACACGCCCACUCUCCAUCUUUUUGCCUCCGUGGUUUUCAAACCACCAUUUAUAACUGUUGAAAGUAAAUCACAUCCUUUAUGGAUUAUAAUUCUGGAAUUGUUAUCAAAAAAAUGUGUAAACAGGUGUGUUUGAGGUGUGGUUGUAAUGUUGUUUAUUAAUAUUUUUGGUAACCUUAUGCUUUUCUUUUAUGUUGAAAUAGUAAUUGUGUUUAUAGCACUAAAUCAUUGACUUAUUUUUCAUUACUGUGUAAUGAAAUUUUUUUUAGCUUCAAUUUUUGCUAUGAGAAUGUAAAUUGUUCAAAAUGUUGUUUGUAUAUGUAAUAAAAGUUUGUUACUGAAAA